ACACAUCAAAUCGUCAUUGAAAUGAAAUUAUACUAGAUUCUUAUGACGGCACUUAUAAAAAAUAGCAUCAAUCAGCUGGGAGCCAAGACUAAAUUAGACAAGGCUUUGUCCGAUUUUCAAUCUAUAUUAACCCCCGAACAAAACGCUAGGUUUCUGGCAGCGAGAACUCACGCAAUCUCCUCACCUCCUGGCGUCCAAGAUGUUAUGAAUUUGACCGCUGAGAUUGACCUGAAGACCCGGGAGAAAAGAUGCGGUGCUCGUAGGUGUUUCGGCCCUCGUUUUACGAUGAUAUUAGAGUCGGUACAGCAGUACGCGUCACUAGGUGAUAUAAUUAUCGGUAGCUCCCAGAAUAUUAUCGCGUGCGUAAAUUUUUCGACCUAUCUGGAACAAGUUUCGCAACUGUUCAUGAGGGUGGGUCUAUCAGCGCCUCGCUAUCAUGGGAUGGCUUCGCUGUUCCCUCAGUCGGAGCCGCUGCGAGCGCUUAUAGCACAAUACUUCGUGACGGUUGUGCGAAUCUGCCACAAGACAGUCCAUCUUUGUCAACAGCCGCUUAUUCGUCAAGUCAAGGCUUUUAUUACAGACUGUGAUUUGGCAGAAUACGAGUCUCAAUUUACGAACAACACUGCUGCUAUUAAGGAACAACUUCAACUCGAAAAGAUGAAGAGCGCAUCAGCGCUCUACAGUAAGGUGCGAUCCUUUUCAGCACUUGAGAAGCAGCGUUACGCACUCAAAGAUCAGCUACAAAUUUUGGAUCAAUGUUCAACCCAUCCCUACCAAGCAGCUUGGAGACGUAUCAAGAAGCAAGGAGACGCAACAUGGAUAUAUGACCAGAUUGAAUAUGAAGCAUGGUUACAGCCAACAAAGUCGUCUUCACUGUUGUUUCGAGGAAAGCUCGGCUCCGGAAAAUCUGUCCAGAUGGCUAACAUUGUCGACGAUUUGAAUUUGAAUCAUUCGAAAUACAAAACAGCUUACUUCUUCUGUUGCUCGGAUGACUUAGCAUCGCUCGAUCACAGGACUAUACUAGGGUGCCUUGCUCGACAAGUACUCCUAUUGGUUCUCAGCGACGCAAGGACCAUCAUCUCUGAGGACCUCCAUACUAGCCUUAAUAGCAAUGACAUGAUCGGCGUCUUAAGAUUAGCCUUGAGCCAUGCAGGAAGAACGUUUAUUGUCCUCGACGGCAUCGAUGCCUGCGACAGGGACGAUCGAAAACAAGUUCUCCAAGCGCUUAGUAAUCUUCAAGAAACUUGUCAAUUAAGCAUCUGCGCAUCCUUGAGCCUAGAAGCUAGCCUUGAAAUUGACAGAGACAUGGAGAGCUUAUUUCGCCGUAGUUAUCUUACUCUACCAGAUGAAAGACCAGAACUUUCGUCAUAUAUCAAGGAACGGCUUCUAUCAAAACUACGGGACGAGUCCCUCUCCAUUAGCGACGAAAACUUGGUUUUGGAAAUUCGAGACGCCCUCCAAGCCGGCGCACAAGGAAUGUUUCUUUGGGUUCACUUGCAAAUCGAAUCGAUAUGUAUCGAGAAGAGUGAUCAUGCUAUUCGCGAAGCUUUGCUGCAUCUUCCCCAAGAUCUUCACCAGACGUUCAAACGUAUCCUCAAUCAAUAUCGUAGUUUUGCGUCAGAUUAUCAAGUACCCCUCCUGAAAGUUCUCACUGCUGCUUUGCGCCCCUUGUCACUUGGCGAGAUGCGGGAAAUAUUAAGCCUUGCCCCAGGCGACCCAAAGAUGCCACGCGCAAAGAAGGUCAAUGAUAUCCAAGCCGUCCUGCGAUGUUGUGGCAGUCUUGUCACCCUUGAUGAAGAACGACUUACCUUGCAUUUGGUUCACCAGAGCUUCAAGCAGUUUCUCUUGGGUGACACAAUAGAGAAACGUGACACUAGCUCAUUAAGCAUACCUUUCGGUAAACGAGCAGCAGAACAAGAAAUGGGCGCAAGAAUAGUUACGUACCUAAGCUGGGAAGGCUUUGAUUCUCGGCUCUCCACCACGAUAACUCCAACUCUUCUAGCCGACGAUAUCCCUAGGAAGAUUGUCGACUCGUCGUCAAGCAUGCUUAAGGCGGUUCGAUAUAUGGCCAUAGAUCUUCUGGAAAAACAAACCCCCAACACUAGCAUCGACGUCGGUAAAGUGCUCGCAGCAGAAAGCAUGUUAUUUAAGAGGAAAACAUAUGAAUUUCAUUUCCUUCAGUAUGCUAGGGCUUACUGGCUUCAUCAUACCAAGACCGCAUAUGACUACCCAGCUCGAGUUUUCCAUCUAUUCUCAAAGCUUCUCAAGCAGCCGCAUUUAGUUGAGAAUAGUUUCCUUUGGAAAGAUCUCCUUGACUAUCCCGAAGCUCGAAGCAAUAGCUAUGUAUGGGCUGUCUAGUAUUCAUGUAGCCGCACUUUGCGUCGUGGAUGCAUUCAAGAUUAAUAAUUCUUCCAAACUUACUUACGGCAUCAAUGUCGCUGCGAGCCUGUCGCCAUCUAAAUCCAUAGAUAUAAAUUCAUGGAUCGAUUUUUUCAGGCAAAUUACCCAUAAGGAUCAUGAAGAAGGCCUCAACAAGACAAUGUUGUUGGAUUUGCUAAAACUGCAUCCUACCAACCGAAUACGUCCCACU